GCUGCAAAACUACCUCCUUUGCCAUCUAUUCGGGAUGUCCUUCGGAUGUUUAAUCUUCGAGCGAAGAAGCAACUAUCUCAGAAUUUUCUACUUCAGCCUUCUUCAAUAAAUGGGAUGGUAAGAUGCGCCGGCAGCCUGCGUAAUGCUUGCGUAUUAGAGGUUGGACCUGGUCCCGGAUCGUUAACGCGAACAAUUAUUAAAAAGAAGCCAAGUCGUUUAGCAGUUGUGGAAAUAGAUAGGCGAUUUAUCCCAUGCCUAGAAGAGCUUAGGAUUGCUUCCUUUGACCUCGGAGUCCAUAUGGAUAUCCAUAGACAGUAUUCCCUCUAUUAG